AUGCACUUCCGAUUCGCAAACUUCGUCCAAAUCCAUUUGAGUCCUACUACUUUACUCCUCUUCACUGUCUUCGGCCAGAUUGUGAUCAUGGGUUUUGCAUGGGGCUUCACCGGAGCAAUCUGGUACAUGGAGGUUCUCGUACUACCUGAUCAUAUCGUUUAUCUGAUCGUAGAGUAUCCGACCGUGCUGACCUUGAUAGUUACGUUGAUCUCAACUGCCUUGGCGAUCAUUACUUCGACGUUCUUCACAUUUUCCGUCAAGGAAGCGCUUCGGCACCACCUUUCAGGGUCAUCGAUUACACUGUUCAAGCUUCGCACUGCAAUAGCGCUGAGCAGGCCGACCUGGAUACUGCGAUGGAGAUUUCUCAAACUGUCGGCCCUCACGUUGGUGGUCUAUGCGAUGGUCACAUUUCUAAGCACGAGCUGGAGCACUUUCCUCCUACCCACCCUUGUUCGAUGGCCUGUGGAAACGUUCGGAACGGAACUAGACUUGGAAUCUGGUGCAUUUGUAAAUCAGUUGAGUACGGACCUUAAGAUCUCGGAGGCGAACUCCUUACAAGCACCUACGUUUGAUGCCAUCAGCGUCUUGACUCUCCUUAGUGGUAUUGCUGCAGUCGGCGUUCAGGGAGGUGUGGAAACAAGUAGUAUGUUCAGCUUCAAUGGUGUUUCAUAUAAUCAGUCGACUGGCACUCAAGGCAUUACAAAGAACUACACUGUUACGCAGCAGGGUCUCACAGCAAAUGUUACAUGUCAGCCGAUCGACCGCAGCCAGAAUACGUUUUCAGUCACCCCAUACGCGGUGCCAGGACCUACGGGCUCGGAUAUGACGUUCAUCACGUGGGAAACCGAAGCGAAUUGUUCAGGAACUCCAGACUUAAAUUCGGUAACCUCCUUCACCGUUGGCCUCGCCAACGGACUGCCAGACGAUGCAACAGAGGGAUUGCUCCCCACUGUUGUAUGUCCCAACCCAAACUCGACGGCAUUCAACCCAUAUAAGUUUGAUAUCUUCAUGUCUGGCUUGUACAAGUACAGCUUUCUACCAACGAUCGUUUGCGAGGUCGUUCCCUACCUGACCACUGUCAACGUCACUUAUAAUGGAGGCAUCAUAUCGGUCGAUCGGAUUAGCGCAUCUUCCGGUUCGACAAGCAGUUCAAAUUUGCCUGUAUCUCAGUUUAUCGCGGAUGUAAUGAGUUAUCAAGCGGGGAUAGACCAAGCCACAAGCACGAAUACAAUUGGUAACUUUUUGACCGCGUAUGGUUUGAGCAAUGUAUCAGUGAUGUACAACGAACUUGUAAAUUUUCCCCCUUCCUCUGGAAAAUUACUGGCGCGAUAUUACGGAGUUCUCCUCUACUCAACUUCGAUCCGGAUACUCUGCCUCGGGAGUUCCGUCGAAUAUGACAAGGUCGACCAGCGGCACUAUGUAUAUCACGACGUACGGCUGGCAAAGCCAAUCCUACACGUAUAUCUUUCUGUUGGUGGUGCUCACCAUGAUAUGGGGUGCCACCAUAUUGGCCGCCAGCUACAGCCUCACGCAAGAAAAACCACUGCCUCUGAUCCAUCUUUCGACUUUUCUGAUCCCGUUGAUCUGAUCAUCGCGGCGUCUGGCGGAAGACUUGAAACACAGCUUUGCGACAACGACGAAGACCAAGAAGGUCACAGGGAGGACAUCAUCGUUCGCUUUGAAGAUGUAACUGGUGAAAUGGGGAAGAGAAUCCCCAAGAGACUGGUCACUGUGGUUCCGGCCACGCCUUGACAAAGCACGGAGUCCCCGAGUCCCACGUUAGUGGGGGAGGGCUCUGUCGAACACAAUCGUAUUCCCAUGCGUCAGUCGAUCUGCAAUGCUGUGUUACAUUUUCCCGCGCUGUUUUGAGACUCCGACUCAAACCUGACUUCUGAUGAUUGAACAUUUCAAACAUUCUGCAUGAUGCCUUACCUACUGCUGCGGCUUUUCCAUAUCCCUCCUCUCUACCCACAGUUGACCACUUCUGCCUCAGGCGGAGGCAGCUCUGGUUCUACAUGCGCCUGCCUCAGGUGGGUGCUUGUAUGUCCAUGUUUGUAUAGGUGGAGCUCGCACUGGACCAAGAGUCUUUCUGUGCGCUGAACGAGUCUCCCAGACUCACUUGUUGAUCUAUACUUGCCC